AGUUUGGAUAAUGGCUCACUUCCCUCCUGUUAAUCCUGUAGCAUCAGCAGCAGACACCGAGGCUAACAAAGCGCUACUUCGACUUCAGUUCAACAAUCUUCUAACCAAUCACUACCGAUGGCAGCAAUUAGGAAAAAGCUGGUUAUAGUGGGAGAUGGAGCCUGUGGGAAGACCUGCCUGCUCAUUGUGUUCAGCAAGGACCAGUUUCCUGAAGUCUAUGUGCCCACAGUGUUAGAGAACUACGUUGCUGACAUUGAAGUUGACGGGAAACAGGUUGAAUUAGCGCUCUGGGACACAGCAGGUCAAGAGGACUAUGACCGACUCCGCCCACUCUCUUAUCCAGACACUGAUGUCAUACUCAUGUGUUUCUCCAUUGACAGCCACUGAUUAUUUCUGUUUUUA